AUCAUCUUGUGUGUUGGAUAAUCCAGAAGAAGUUACAUGAAUGUGUUGAAUUGAACAUGACAUGUCAUCCUCAAUGUUCAUCUGCUUCUGGUUGGUGCUGGGGGCCUAAUGAUACUCAAUGUGUGACUUGUACAAACUUCAAUUUUAACAGACAAUGUGUACCAGAUUGUCAUGACUUUAAUGCACACGGAAUUCACUUAUUCAAUCAUAAUGCUAGCAAUACUUGCUUGCCUUGUCACUCAUUUUGUAAUGGUUCAUGUGCUGGAGAGGGUCCUGCCAACUGUAGUAGCUGCAAUACUGAUUUCUUUGUGAAUCUAAGUGCUGGAAUAGGUAAACUGUGUCUAGAGUCAUGUGUGGGUGACACUUAUUUACCUGAUGAUCGCACUAGUGGUGAAUGCCUGCCUUGUUUUGAUGGUUGUACUCUUGGCUAUGGCUGUGCUGGCCCUAGAAAGACAUUCAAUGACAGUAAUGGCUGUAUAGCAUGUGAUACCAUUUUACUUGAUAGAAAUGAAGAACAAAUGGAGUGUCAGAGGAAUGUAACCUGUCCUUCUGGCUAUUAUCGUGAACAGUUGUUAGAGGAUCGUGGUAUUUUUCUUACUGGUACUGUUUUGUGUCAUUCCUGUCAUGAGCUUUGUGCAACAUGCAGUGGGCCUUCAGUUAGUGAUUGUGUUCUAUGCUCAUUUAUCAGAGGCACUAAUGGCUCAUGUGUUUAUCAAUGUGACCCAGAUACAGAAAACACUGGAUCAUCACAGUGUUUUAUAACUACAAUAGAUUCUACUUUAUUAUACACUCUUGCCUCCACAAGUGUUACUUCUACAAAUGUUACUUUAAUUUCUACAAUUGUCAGAUCUCCUUCUACAAGCGUCACAACAACAAGUGAUAGUGUAUCUAUUGAAGUAGUGAUUGGGUCAAUAAUAGGAGUGGUGAUAUUUAUUUCAAUCAUUCUUAUGAUUCUGUUCUUAAUACUGCUUUUACUUAGGAAAAAUUGGAAGUCUAGUAGUGAUGACUUAGAAUUAGAUACUCUUAAAAAUGAGGCUAGCAUUAAUGAUGUAGACUAGUCAAUGAUCAUUUUUUUGUUAUAG